AUACACCUGUCCUUGAAAAGAAACCACACAAUAUACAGAAAACAAUCGUCACUUUAAAACAAGAUUGUAUGAGUCUGCCUGUUUGCCAUCAUGAAAGUGAAGUGAGCCCGCGAAAUUUACCGCAUGUCAGUUCAAUUCGUCAUGGCGGAAUAUAUGGAACGUGGUGAGGAAUAUCAAAGAAAGAUUUCCACUGAAUCAAACUCCAGAGCGCACCGAAAAUGCAAAGAGAAACUUGACAGAUCCUGUCGAGAAUGUAAGUAGCUAGAAUAGGCUAGGCAUAUCACCGUGGGGUGAAUGAAUAACGCCAAUACAUGUGAGGUGUGAUUGAAUCACAUCACCGGCUCGUGACAUAAAAUCAUAGUACGAUUGAUCAUGACUUGAAACGUUGUUAUCAUUUUUCAGCGCCAUAUGUGAAGUUUAUGUUAAAGGCCAUGAGUAACCUAGGGUGGUGAGUAACGAAAAUUUCUACUAUUUAACAAUCUCCUUUUUGUUUACCCUUGAUUCGUGUUGCAGAUUGUAUAUCUUACCUCACCUAGCUCAGCCAUGACUAUUGAGCGUCAGGUGGUUUUUAGCCGACUAGGGUUUCUGGUGUCCCAGCAAAAGGUCCCUGUUAGACCAAAAAAAAAAAGCAAAUAGUGCCAAACUGUCGCAAUCAGUGACUAAUACUCCACUAAUUUGAGAGUCUAGGGAAUAAUUAUCAGGAUUUUCUACGACCAUACAUAUUCAAUCUAAAAAAUUAGAUAUAUAUUUUUGUGCCAUGUAAAUUGCUGGACUGUUGUUACAACUAAUAAUAGUGUGUUGGAACCUUUGAGGGACUGAGCUUUAUUGGGGUGAAGAGUGGGUAUUAUGCCCCUCAUAUAUGUCCUCAAACUUUCUUUGUCAUUUACUUACAACUUAAAUAUAGUGAUGUGGAUCCAGAAAGACAUAUGGUAUGUGAACCAUGUGACCCAAAGCUGAUUGGAGGAUUUGAUCAUGAUACAAAGGAGGUAAGCUUGGAGCUCUGGUGUAGUCCUUAAACCAUUUUCAACCUAACAUAAGUAUACACAUUCUCCAUACUGUUCUCUAUACAUUCCCUAAGGUGCUGACAAGGAGAAUUUGUUUAACAAUCAAGAGCUUCUAUGGCUGGUGAUCAUUUCUUUUAUCCUUGUGACUGUCAUGUUUGAUUCAGGGGUGAUACUGUAAGGAGAAACUUGAUGCUGGUCACUCGCAGAGGUCAAAGGAUUGUAAGCUUAAUGAUGUUCAGGUCUUUCAAUUUUAUUGCUUAAUUUCUUCCAGAUGUUUUUAUGUGAGAACACAAUCUACACCCAAAAAGCAAUGGACACCGUUCUUACUCAUGAGCUGAUCCAUGCAUUCGACAACUGCAGAGUCAAAUACGAUCCAGACAAUGUGCGGCAUUUAGCUUGUACUGAGGUAUUCCAUUCAUGUGCUUUAUAUUAACUUAUAGAUUUCCAGUCAUUUUGUUUUCAUAACAGACUCACUAGGUUGACGACAGUUAUUCAGGUUAAGUACUUGAAUAACACAGGAGAGAGAGAGCCAUCAACCUACACCAAUGUGGCUCAAGUUGUGGUUCAACAGAGCUGGUGUGACAUGUAGGGUCUCUUGUUGGUUCUCUAAAGAAGGGGCAAUGAUAUCCAUACAAUAUCAAACAGACUAGUGAUGAGAAUAAAUAUGUCACUUUUGGAUUAUUUCUUGAUCCAAUACCAAAUUCUCUGAACUAACAUCAUAAGGAGUGUGUGGCAGAUAGUAAGUAGAAUAACCCAAAUUAACAAAAUUGUUGACCCAUGCAAAUUCCAAACUGUCAUAUGUAAGGAUCUCUGACGAUGAAAUAUUAUGGCAUUUUUAAAAAAUAUUUUGUUCAUAUUAGUCAUUUAGUAUGAUUUGACACUUUGUCUGGACUCUUUCCUUUUUUUAAGAUUCGGGCAGCAAACCUUAGUGGAGAUUGCUUUUUCUCAAGGGAGGCAUUUGGACGAUUCAAAUUCAGAUGGAAAGCUCAUCAGCAGGUAUCUUAAUUCUGCCUUGUAGUUUGUUAAUUUUUUGGUAUUUCUUUCAGAGAGAAAGUUCGCCACUGGAUAUAUUAAUUAAAUUGCAUCAAGACUUUAUGCUAUCCCAGGAUUUUCUUUGCCUUUGUCUUUGGGUAUGCUAACAUAUCCAUAAUGAGAGAGUUCCCAAUGGAAUGGGAACACACUCACUUUAUCCUAAAUUUUGGAAUGUUUCUCUUCUUAGAUUGAUGCUGAGCUAUGUUCUUGAAAAUUAAAAUGAAAAGUAGCAAAUAAAAAAGCAAACUGUGUUUGAACACUUUUGAAGCUUAUUUUUGAAACAGCAUACUAAACCUCAACAAAAGGCAGAGAUAACACUGCAGGAUUAUUUAAAAUAAAAAUAUAAUGCAGUAGUAUUUUUAAGUAACCAGAAAAUUUAGUUGCAGAAUUCUGCAUUGUAGCCAGAAAUCAAUAAGGCAAAAUAACCACCUUAACCCCUACCCUUAAUUUAAAAUGAUACCAUUCAAUUGUUGUUGUUUUUAUUAUUUUCUUUUUUUGGCAGGAGUGUGUCAAAGAACGUGCAGUAAAAUCUAUGUUAUGUGUUAGAGACAUAUCCAAAGAGGAAGCUCAGGAAGUUGUAGAGAGUGUUUUUGAUGCAUGUUUCCAUGAUACAGAACCAUUUGAGAGAAUUCCUCCCUGACUGGUGUACAGCUUCAGAAUAAUAAUAUCCAUGGACAAAAACAAGAACUAAAUUUAUUUCUAAUGAUGGAAAAGACACAUGCAUGUGAAUUUCAGAAGGAAACUUCAUAUUUUGUAAAUGUUGAACUUUUUGAGACUGUCUUUAAAGAGAUUAAACCCCACAAAACAUCAGCAUAGUAUACCAUUUCAUGGAAGAGGGAUAAAAAGAGGCUAACUUUCAGUAAAGGAUUACUGCUAAGUGCUCUACAACAACUGGUGCCUAAAGUCUGGAUAACAAGUUAUAAACUAAGAAAUCUCUUUUAAUACUGCCCCAAAACUAAGUUUAAUUAAGUCAAGGAAAAAUACUCAAAAGCCUUGCCUUCAAUGUUACAUUCACAAUGGUGUUGACAAUUAAGACUCACCACCCCCUUAAGGGAGUGGCAAAGUGGCACCACUUGUGUUCAUUUAAGUAAUGAGGAUACUUACUGUAUCAAGUGUCAUAGCCAAACAAACAAGCAAACAUGAGUCAACAUUUUAUUGCAAAGCUAGACAUCUGCUAGCAGUCUUUUUUUUUUUCUUUUUUUUUCAAAUGGAGCAACAGCUUUUGGGAAGUAUAGACUGGGAUGGGGCAGAGUGUGUCUAGACCCAGCCCCUUCAUCCUGACCGCGAUCAUGAAAAAUCCAGACAAUAAUAUGUAAGAGUGCAAACAAAACUCAGGUGUGAUCACUAAAUCUUUGUUAAUUUAUUUAUUUGUUCUCAACACUGAAAUUGGUCUGAUAACAUGCAAAUUAAAUGGAAUGUUAUUCAACAGCUUGUUAUCCUG